GAUACGAUACGAUACGAUACGAUAUGAUGUUGUUUACUGUUGAUUUACAGUGCGAUGGGAAACUCCCAGCGUGUUCCGCGUGUGAGAAAGCCCGGGUGGAAUGUAUAGGCUUCGAUGCGAUCUCUAAACAAAACGUCAGCCGAAGCUACAUCCAUGAUCUGGAACAAGAAGUCCUCGCCCUCCGAGCUCAAUGCGGACUCCCCCUGACCGGUCCGAAUACUCUUCCUCUCUUACACCUCCCCGCCCCAGGAAAUGGAAAUGGGUCUGGUAAUAACACUCCCGGAGGAGGUGAUAAUGGCGGUCCUUCAGGGAGAACAGCAAGUUUCCGGAUGGACGAGGAUGCGGAUGGGGAUGAAGAUGAUUUAAAACCUCGGGGAGAUCGGUUGACUUUGAAUACGGGAAUGAAUAUGAACAUGGGUAUGGGAAUGAACAUGGGAAUGGGCAUGGGAGUGGGAUCGGGUCAUAGUCAGGCAGAGACGGAAGGAGCGAGGGCUUUGAGCGCUUUAGGAGCGGCGGGGAUUUGGGAUAACGGGACUGCGUCUGGACGGGGGUACGGUCAAUCUCAAGAACGUGAUCGCGAUCGUGGGGACCGAGGUUCGGAACGGUUAGGAUCGGGGGAUAACAAUAACGGUGAUGAUACCGGAGCCGGCAGUGGGAAUAGCGGGCCCGGGGAUAUCGAUCCGAGCUUAACAGGAAUGUCUCGAGGACCCGGGUUCGGCCUGGAUCUUUACCCAGGAGGAUCUAACACGCUCAACUCUGGUGGUGACGCCCUCGCUGGGCCCGGUUCGAACCCUACGACCACCUCGGGCGGGUUCUCGCCUCACGGCGGAGUCGGCCUGGCUCGUAUGGUAGUCGACGCCGUCAUGCGCGUCGGACCUGCAACAGGACCACCCGCACCGCAAGGUAGGAGGGAUAGCAACCUGAUGAUGAUGUUGCCCUCCCUCUCCGGCUUGGGAAAUUACGCCGGUUCGACGAACGCCCAGCAGGCGGGGGAGGCGUUGGCAGCGGGGUUGUACCCUACCAGCCAUCAACGCGGUCCACAGGAAGAGUCCAACGCACGUGGGGCGUUCUCUCCAGCUCGUUCUGCUCGGGGCGACGAUCCGGCCGAAUCCGACGCUCAUAACGCUCGGAAACGCCGAGGUCGGCCGGUCGAUAUCCCCGCCUUGCCACCCCCAGCCGCCGUAGACAGGCUCGUCCAAGUCUACGUCGAUUUCGUACAAAUCAUGCUGCCCAUCCUCCACAUGCCCACGUUCAGGGAGAUGCUCGUCAGGGUCCGUGAUCGUGCCGAGGACGUUAGCGAGGCCGACAUCUUUUUCGUCUUGAUGGUCCUCGCUCUGAGUACGAUGGCCUUGUCCCGUUCGCUCGACCCGACGGCGGAGUUGAGGAUGUCUUCCGAGGCGUUCUACUUGGAGGCCGUCAAGCACUUGGAGGCGGUGUUUGAAGAGUCGGAUUCGUUGAUCGGGUUACAGGCGAUCUUGUUGUUUUGCUAUUACUCGCUCUUGAACCCGACCCGAGGCAGCAUCUGGUUCCUCGUCGGACUGGCCAGCCGGACCGCCGUCGAUCACGGGUUGCACCACGAGACGUCCCAGUCGGACAGCUUGACCCCGCUCGAGCUGGACAUGAACCGCCGGCUGUUUUACGCCGUUUACAACUUGGAUCGGUUGUUGUGCCAUGCGCUCGGUCGACCGCCUAGUAUUCCUGAUACUUUUAUCAGCGUACCGGCCUUUUCGAACCUCCCCGACUCGGCCAUCACCAACCACGGUCUCCUUCACGCCGAACCCGAUCCGUACAAGGUCGUCUCGCUCAAUUUCAUCCCGCUCCGAGAACUCCAAUCCACCAUCUACUCGCGCCUCUACUCGGUCCGGAGUUUCGAUCCGCCAUCACACGAAUGGUUCAUGGACAUGUUUGACAGGCUGAAACAGUGGUUACAGAAUAGUCCCGAGCCGAGGGGAACUCAGAGUACCGAGGGGUACGCUGUCAGCUUUCACAACACGGUCUUGCUCUUGUUCCGCCCAUCACCGGCGUGUCCCCGACCGUCGCAAGAAGCGCUGGCCACCUGCCUCUCGUCGUCGAGCUACAUUAUCCGGAUCUUCAAGAGCUUGCAGAGAAAGAACAAGAUCAACUGGUACUGGCUGUCGAGCCACUACGUGUUCAUGGCGGGUAUCACCUACCUUUACGGUCUGUGGAACAUCAAUAUGCUCGGCGAUUCCACUGUCGCGCCUAGCCUGAUGGAAGCGCAUCUCGACAUCCAGGCUUGUCUCAGCGUGCUCGAGGCGCUCUCAGUGUCGGUACCGUCGGCUCGAUCCUGCCGAUGGACUUUCGAGAUGCUCAGCUCGGCCAUCCUUCGACGACUCUCUGGCGAACAGGCGUUUAGCGAGUCGUCGAGCUCGAGCAAUCGGGGCGGCGCGAGCAAUGGCAACAACCACAACAACGCCGAUUCGUCGUCAUCGUCUCGGUUGAUGCCAGACGGACCGGGGCUGGGAAUCGGGACAGCGGGAGCUCGCGCCGAAUCCGCCAUGCGACACUCGUUCCAAUCGCAAGGCUUCCCCUCGCCGUUACCCAAGAUGGAACUCCCCACCGAGAUCUCGCUACUGGACAACUUGUUCCUGAACCCGAUGAUCCCUUACCCAAAAGCCUCGGACUCGACCGCCGUAGGCAACUCGUUCCUACACACUCCUAGGGACAGCGUGUCACCGCCACCGCGAGGCGAAUCGCCUCAUCCGGCUUACCCUUACCCGAACGUGAACACUGGGGAUGAAUCGAUGCUGCGAGGCGGAUCGAGAGGCGCGGGUGCUAGUGGUCUGAACGGCGAACGUGGCGAUGACGGGAUGGCCACACCACGAAGCAUCCUAGCCGGUUCCCCUGCUACGCACAUGAUGCACGGAGGAGGUGCUGGAGCUGGCGCGGGGAUGGGAGCCGAGACGGACCUGGCAGCGAGCGGGUUCGAUUUCCUCAGUUUCUUGGCUGCUGACGACGGUGGACACGGAGCCAACGCGGUCUGGGAGCAGACCGAGCCGUUCAGGCAGGAGAUGCCGAUGUUGGGAUGAGACCCCCGGGUAUCGUCGGGGAGAUGUCGAGGAACGCCUUGCGCCUGCUGUUAUCUAUUCGUCAUUCGCUGUUUGUAUACCAAGUUGGGCUGCGAGCCUGUGAACGUAAUGUUGCCAUCGUAAAUGAGUUGAUGACAUGAUUGAAAUCGA